GAGUUUGUCUAAGAUGGCGUCAAUGCAGUUAACGGAUGAGGAGCUUUUCUCCGAAUUAAAGCGCCUUGGUUUCACUCCAGGUCCGGUCACCGAGAAUACCCGCCCGGUAUAUUUGAAGAAACUCAAGAAGCUUCGCGAAGAGCAACAGCAGCGGGGCUCCCGGUCAGGUAAAACCCGUAACAGCGCCGCCGUAAACAGCAUCACUGGCGGCGGCAACACGGCGGGAUCCAGGCCAGCCAGCCAUGACGUCACGCACCCGAGCUCUAACAGGAGACCGGGCCGGAAGUCCUCCGUCCUCGGCUUCAGCUCCGACGAGUCUGACGCCGAAACUCCCCUGAAAAGAAAGGGCCUCAAUCACAGCGGCAGGGCAGACCGAAGCCCCGCUUUUCAAUCGCAGCCGAAGGUAAGGCCCGUUGCUACGCCGACUGUGGCUACCAAGAGCCAGUAUGGCGCUGGGAGUGCGCUAAAUAGCAGCGUUUCUUCCCCGGGUCCGGACGGACACAGAGGCGUCUCGGUGGGCUGGGGAGUUCGUGCCAGAUCCAACCCUGAGGCGGAAGGGAGGGAUUACGACGAAUCGGGAGAUGAGGACGAUAGUGAGGGGGGAACGGAGAAGAACUCUCGCUCUUUAAAUGGUUGUGGUGCGUCUCACUUGGCGUCUAGCAAGUUAGCCGGGGAUUACUCAGACUCGGACGAAGAGGAGGUUGGAGCCCUUGGCGCCGGAGACCGACGGCGGGACAGACUGGAAACUAGACGGAGUCACACGAAAGCGUCGUUCCUUUCCCACGGAGGCGGCCUAGGGUCCCAGACGGGAGGGGCAGCCAGAAAGGCUAACCCGCCUGGGAGUCUAAACAUGGUGGGAAGCCGGAGGGAGGAGGGGGAGGAAGACGAGGUGCAGAGGAGGGACUCGGACCCACCGGGAGGCAUGCGGAGCCAUAACUUUCCCAGGAAGUCUAUCUACGUGUCCCUCGCCGAGAACCAUGGAAGGGAAGCCGGGAAAAACAACCACGUCGACAGCGAGGACGCAUCCUACAAAAGCAGCGACAUCAGUAAGUUCAGCAUCGGGCUCAGACCGCGCUUCACCAGGUACAGCAGUCUGUCCCAGACCUACAGGGGCAACCACUCCAACCACACCGCUCCUAACCACUCAUACAGCCAGGCAGCGCUCAAGCAGAAGCUGUCUGUCCCAGAGGAUGAGCUGCUCCAGCAGUUCAAAAGGGAAGAGGUGGCCUCCCCGGGAAGCUUCAGUGCUCACUACCUGUCCAUGUUCCUGCUCACGGCAGCCUGUCUCUUCUUUCUGCUAUUGGGCCUCAUGUAUCUGAGGAUGAGGGGCUCUGGAUCCUCAGAGGUGGAUGGAGUCGUUAAGAGCCACCCUUUUGGCAGCGACUUUGACACUUCUUAUAACAAGGCAGAGAAGGACCUGAUCCUGCAGCUGCUGAAGAAUCUACAUGACCAUCUGGCCUACAUCGCUGGUCAGCAUGACUGUGGAGAGCAGAAGAGUUUCAACAGGAGUCUGUCCAUAGACGAGGCCUCUGCAUAUUUGCGGGCUCAGAAUCAGGAGUUUGAUGGCUUCAUUCUUGAAUCUCUGGAGUGGGUGAUCCGGGCAGGCCAGGAUGUUGGGAUAAGACUGACUGGGCAGGAGGCUGACGGUCCAGUCACCGACGUAUCCGAGAUCUCUCGGCUCGAGUCCACACAUCCCAACAUGCCCUUCAUGUGCCGCUUCCGGCGAGCCUUCCUCACAGUCAUCAGCAGAGUCUUCCUCAUUGGAAUCGCGAUAGGCUCCGUGUGGAGCAUCGUCUGCUACGUCAAGUAUCGCUGGCGAAGAGAGGAAGAGGAGACCAGGCAGAUGUACGACAUGGUGGAGAGGAUUAUUGAUGUGUUGAGGAGCCACAAUGAAGCUUGCCAAGAGAACCAGGACCUGCAGCCGUACCUGCCCAUCCCUCACGUCAGGGACUCUUUGGUUCAGCCUCAGGACCGGAAGAAGAUGAAGAGGAUUUGGGAGCGGGCUGUCAGAUUCUUGUCAGCCAACGAGUCCCGUAUUCGAACAGAGACUCAGAGGAUUGGUGGAUCUGACUUUCUGGUCUGGAGGUGGAUCCAACCUUCCCUCAGCUGUGACAAGGGCUUCUCGAUGCCCUCAAAAGUCUGGCAGGGAAAAGCGUUUCCUCUGGACCGGAGGAAUUCUCCUCCCAACAGCCUGACUCCAUGUCUGAAGAUCAGAAACAUGUUUGACCCAGUCAUGGAGGUGGGGGAGAACUGGGAUGUAGCCAUCCAGGAGGCCAUUCUGGAGAAGUGCAGUGACAACGACGGCAUCGUCCACAUCGCUGUCGACAAGAACUCACGAGAGGGCUGCGUCUAUGUGAAGUGUCUCUCUGCAGAGCACUCAGGGAAAGCCUUCAAGGCACUUCAUGGCUCCUGGUUUGAUGGUAAACUGGUGACGGUCAAGUAUCUGCGUCUGGACCGAUACCAUCAGCGCUUCCCACAGGCCCAGGGCUGCAGCAAACCCAUGAAGGCCUCCAGCCUCCACCUGAACGCCACAGGCUCCACGGACACUAAGACCAGCCACGCCUCAGCCAGCUCUUCAGGAUUCUCAUGAGCCGCUUGCCAGCGUCGGAUACGUUAGCGUGUUUCUCCUCUACAGCCCUCCCAGCGUCACAGCGCCAGUUUGCUGCUGCUCCUUCACUGCUUUAUAACGGGGAAGAAUUCAGUCUGUGCCACGGGAGCGCUUUUUUUUCCAGUUUGUUCAAUUUUUUGGUUGUUUUUUUUUUUCUUGUUGUUUUUUUCAACACAGGAUGACUGCAAGAAAAGCUGUUCUGCAUUGCAGUGUUUGUUUUCUAUAAUCAUUGUAUAAGAAAUGUCAUAGAUUUAACAAGGAAGCGAAGCUUACCUGGAAUAUUUAAGAUGUGUGCAGAUACUCCAGGUCCUCCCUCCCACGGUGUAACCAGCACUUCAUUUGGCCACCGUCUGAAAAGAAAAACGGCUGCAUGUUUCAGAGUAUGCCUCUAUGUAAGCUUUCAAUACAACACAGCGUGGAUGUUGAUUUUCUUUUUCCCAACAUGUCCGAUGUACUCCUUGUUGUUAUUAUUAUUAUUACUCUUAUUAUUAUUAUUAUUAUUGUUAUUUAGUCAAAGUGAGGAAGGCAAUGACAGGUUAGUGGCAGGUGUCCUGUAAAUACACAUGAAUGGUGGCACAAGCUUUUUUAUCAUGACGUCUUCGCUUUCAAUUAUCUAAUUUGUGUUGCUGCCGCUCGCUUGCCACAGCAGAGAGUGUGUAUCAGAACAGUCCCAGAGAGGCUACACAGACAGUGCCCAUUCAGCCUGUCUGUCUGUGUGUGUGUGCGUGUGUGUGUGUUUGAUCCAUGUAUUCCAUAUAUGGGCUUUUCUUUUCCUUUGUCUUUGAUUUUUGUGUGAUUUCUUUUUUUUUUUGACAAAUUUACCUUGAAGAGUCACCUGAAACCUUUCUACUGCAGAUAUAAUCCAAUAUAUGCCCCGUCUUAUUGUUAUCACUUAUUACAUGUAUUUUUUUUUUACCUCUUUCAAGUUGGGUAAUGUUAUACUGUUGGUGAGAAUUGGACUUGCACUCCUGUUCCAAGUGGCUCAUUUUUGCUGUCUCAGACCAGACCAGGACCCUGAACACCUCGCAAUCCAUGUGGCCAAGAUAUUUCCUGUUACUUUGUCACUCCCUAUGAUCGUGUCCACUUUGUAUACCGACGCUACCAUGUUUUUGUCAUAGGUAUGGCUCAAUAUCACAACCUCAAUAUACUGAUAUGGGUCUAAUACUCACUUUUACAUCUUUUAAACUUCUGAGCUGUUAACAUUAAUGUGUGCUGAUGCUUUUACCACCUACCCAUUAUGAGCCAUUUAAAAAUGUAACAAAUUUGCUCUAAAUUUGAUGCAAAUUGUCAAAUUUUACAGUCCACUUGGUGAAGGAUAGUAGAUCAUAUCAGAUUUUAUGUUUUUCUUUCUCCACUAUCCCAUCCAGCGAUCAGUAAUGGACUGAUACCGAUACAGUGUCAUAUUGGACCGAUAUCAAUACUGAGUACUGUAUCGGCUUGACCUUGAUAAGGAUUACUUCAAAAGUGUUGCAACAUUAUUCCAGAAUGUUCGCGUGUUGUUUUCUUGCACCUGCGAAAUUCAAAAAUAAAACAUAAUCCAGGACUUGCUAGAAAUAAUUUUGUUUUUUCAAAUGCAGUGAGUUGAAAGUUGGAUUCAGUAUUUGCAGUGCGAAAUUGUACAAAUGAUGCACAUUUCAUAUGUUUAACCUCUGCUGCAGCAGGUAGCAGAUAACCCAACAGUGCCUUAAAUUUGUGCUUUUUUUAAAAAAAAGAAAAAGGAAAAAAAAAGACUGGCACUGCAUUACUGAACAAUGUACUGGAUUUAUUAAAUGGAAAAGUGGAAAUGGUGAGCAAGUUCUGCCAUAGAUUUAGUUUUGUUAAAGUUUUUCAUCUUCAGAUUUGAUAUUUUGUAGCAGUUUUCUUUCAUAUUAAACCAAAUGCUUCUAUUUAUUUCUUCAUUAUUAUUAUUUUGAACAACCAUGGUGAUGUACUAUUUUAUUGUCACUAUACCUAAUACAUACGUGUCAAAAACAUUAUUUCAUUAAGAAUCGAUCUUACAUCCACUUCCAAACAACUGUCAGGAUGUGUUAAAAUGACAAAAAUAAAGGGAACACUUCAAGAAAUAA